GAGCGCGCGCGCGUCCUCGCUGUUUAAAACGGUCGUGGCACGAGCUCAGUCAUUCACUCCAACCGUCGCUGCCCGUUGAGCUCCGGAGGACUCUGGAAAAGUGAUUCAGCCGCUUUCGACGCGUCGUUUUGUGGCGUCGCUUCAGAAAAGCUACGCGACCCACCGUCAGAGGGGAGAAGUGGAUGUGUUCAGGCCGUUUUCGGUGACGGUUGAGCCGGCGGAGGCCCCCCACCACCUGCUCCCGGUUCGCCUGGAAGAAAAAACGGGACUCAACGGUUUACCUGUUAAGCCCGCGUGGACACGUCGUUUGCAUGAAACUGUGGCCAGAUACAGAUAAAGGCAGUGGAUGCACCGGGGCCGCCCCCCCGCCCCAUAAAGCCGGCCUGAAACGCGCCAUGUCCCUCAGCAGCUUCCACCUCAUGCAGACCCUCAAGAACUCCCCGGCCGCCUUCCGCCGCCGCUUCCGGCGCGACCGGACGGAGUCGCUGUCCCACGGCGACCCGCUCUUCAAGGUGCACUACCUGGGCACGGAGAAGAUCUUCUCGCUGGACCGCGAGCAGGCCGGGGACGCCAUCGCCCGGCUGCUGGGCGGCGUGUCGGCCGGCCAGAAGCUGAGCAAGGAGCACGCGCUGGUGGUGCGCCCGCGCUACGUGGAGGUGAAGGAGCUGAGCACCGGGCGCCAGCUGACCAAGACCUACCUGCAGGACAUCGCCUACUGCGCCGCCGACGCCGCGCGCCCCAACGUCUUCCUCUACAUCUGCAAGCACCAGGGCCAGCAGCUGCAGUGCCGCGUGUUCUGGUGCAGCCGCGCCGAGCGCGCGCGCGACAUGACCGCCUGCCUGGCGCGCUCCUUCCAGCGGGCGCUCAGCGACUGGCAGCAGGACGGCGCCGCCGCCGCCGCCACGCUGGCGCCCGGCGAGGCGGCGCCCGGCGCCAACGGGGGGGCGUUCGCCAACGACGAGUCCCCGGCCAAAGCCAAGAGCUCCACGCUGCCCGCCGGCCUCGGGAAAGUGCGCUGGAGGAGGCGGGGCUCUGCGUCCCGCAGCCCGCUGAGGGCCAUCAGCCGCCGGGGGUCGGCCUCCGACGGCUGGAACUGAGGGCCCACCGGAGGAAGAAGGACGAGGGCUGGACCGUCUCCAGGUUUAAGGUCCACACGGGUCAAAGCGAGUCCACUUUUGGACACCUGCUUAAAAAAAAACAAACGUCCAAAGUGGACUGAAUGUUUGUGGCGCUCCGCACGGCGCCGAGGCGUCUCUCUGCUCGCCGCGGUGAAUGAGUGUGUGCGGACGGCCGGUGGUCACAUGACCACCAACAAAACUGGAAAAAGACCUCACGUCUGGGUCCUUAUUUUAAAGAGGUUUUAUCUGUUACUGGUGUGGAUUUCUCAGCCGGACACACGCAGAGCUCCCGGGAGUUUUUCCUGAGCACUUUGUUUUAGCUCCACUCGGUUUAUCCUGAGCACGUUUGAGUUUUUCUGGCCGGCCCCUAAAUCCUCCAUUUACACGGCAGCUAUCUGCAGAAAAGGAAGAGGGACAAAGCUUUGAAAUAUUCACCUAAAUGUCCACGCGGUGCUGAAUUGUUUGUAUUUAUGUGGGAAAACCCGUCUGGGAUCGGCGUUCCUGGGCAGAUGGGAAUCCUCCAAACUCCGGAGUCCUGCUUCCUGAUUGGCCCUGACCCGGCAUAUUGAGCGCUUUUUAGAAGAGCCUCAAACGGUGCCUUAACUGCCUUAUUUUAUUUAUUUUUUAAAGUCUUAUGGACAUGGACCCAUGCUGCGUUGCCAUGGUAACGUCGAUGUCAGGUCUAAAGAUGAGGGACUAGAGGUGAGAGGCCUCCAGAUAUUUAUGAUUAUGUGUAUUCUGACCAAAACUAAGCUCCAGCUUGUGCUGGUUUUGGACCGAUGUGCCACUCCUUUUGUUUUGUUUUUAAAUUUUUUGUUUUUGUUUUUGCCAAGUCCACUUUGUGCAUUUUACAAAAGGCGGCGCCCUCAUCUCAGAACGGGCCGAACGUGCUGGCUCCAAGGUUUAUUUUUAUCAGUGUACUGUUUUUAUCUUUGUGCAUAUUUAUCUAAAUGUGUAUUUUAUGAAAUAUUAAAACUUUUUAUACAGC